CCACCCACCACCCUCCGCCUGCCUCUUCCAGCCCCACCACCCUCCGCCUGCCUCUUCCAGCCCCACCACCCUUCGCCUCGCCUGCCUUUGCCGACUCACCCGUCUGUGUGUGAUUUUUGUGACAGGUUAAUCCAGCAGAAGAGACAGAAGAAUGAAAAGUAUCGCACUGAGUUUGACAUCGCUCGCAAUGUUCUGGAGCUCAUUUAUGGGCAGACGCUGGCAUGGCUGGGCGUUCUGUUUUGUCCUCUACUUCCAGUCAUCCAGAUGUUGAAAUUACUUCUGCUUUUUUAUGUCAAAAAGGCCAGCCUGAUGCGGAACUGCCGAUCGCCCAGUAAGCCGUGGAGGGCCUCUCAUAUGAGUACGGUGUUUCUGACUCUGCUUUGCUUUCCGUCUUUUCUCGGGGCGUCCAUAUUCCUCUCUUACACUGUGUGGUCGGUAACGCCUUCAAAAUCCUGCGGCCCAUUCCAAUCUCUCAGCACAAUGAAUGAGGCCGGCAAAAGUUAUGUCCGGCAACUAGAAGUCUUGAACCCUCGUCUGAGCUGGGUCAGCUGGAUCCACCACUACCUCUGGGAGAAUACUUUGUUCAUAUACGUGGCAUCUUCAGUCCUGUUGGUGGUAAUUUACUUCCAUAUCCAGAUUGUAAAAGGACAGAGAAAAGUCAUCAACUUGCUGAAGGAGCAGAUCGCCAACGAAGGAGAGGAUAAACGCUUCCUGAUUGUAAGACUCCAUUCAGUAUAUGAGAGGAGGAGCAGAAUUCACAGAUGUCAGAAAUCACUGCAAGCCAGGGAAUCUACGGGACAGGAUUGA